UUUUACUGACAAAUCCGAAAAGAAGAAGGUUCCAUCAUGUCUGUCUUUCCCCUUGUUUACUUCAAAUGUCAGACUCAGCUGAUCCGUUCAGGUACAUCUAUUGGAUGAGAUGGCCACGCUUCUUCUCGUUACGUUGUAUGAAUACUCUCCACUCUUCUACAUCGCUGUGGUUUCUCUGUGUUUUCUCGUGACCGCUGCCAUCGUGCUGGGUUGGUUUGGCUUUGAUGUCCCAGUGUUUCUUCUGAGCCAUGAGGAUUCAGAGUCCACAGUGUCGACUCCUGAGAAACUAAUGGUUCAGGAGACCAAUCCGUUUUCUCUAGCACUGGGAUCUGGGUCAGCAUGUGUCAGUGACGGUGUAUCACUGAAACCUUGCUGCUUGGAGCCUUGUGUACUGAGCUGUUUCUGGGGCUGUGAAGUCAGAGCUCUGCAGGAGGCGCUGUGCACCCAUCAACAAAACCUGAGGCUCACAAGUCCUCAACACUUCCUUGAAGCGCUGCACCAUCGCUUCCACUACCAUCAAACUUUCUAUAUCUGCAGCGAAGAUGAAAAGGAAUGUCACACCUACAUCCCUGCUGACCAGAGGAUUCCAGAUUUUGGACCGUUGCCAAGGAAACACUAUCCUCUGGUGGCUGUCCUGACUCUGGCAGAAACUGAGGCCAGAAAUCUGUACAAUAUUGUGGCAAAUGUAAUAGUUAUUCAUGUUCCUGAUGGGAAAUACAAUCUUUCUGCACGAAUUCUCUUCCAGUAUCUUCUUACCUCACAGGGAUACAUGCAUGAAUUAAAACCACUCUUUAUGUCGGCUGAAGGUUCUGGGCAGCCGGCUGGAGAACAGAUGGAGGGAAGUCCUGACCGAGAGGAGAGCGACUGGUCAGAGGAGACGGGUAGAAACUGUGUAGUAUGUCAGAACGCAUCGGUCAACAGGGUGCUCCUGCCAUGCCGACACGCCUGCGUCUGUGACAGUUGCAUGUUGCACUUUCAACACUGUCCAAUUUGCAGAGCCUUUGUCCUGGAGUCGUUUGCACUUAGACCAACAUUACAAAUAUAAUUUAUGUCAUAAGACAAUGCAUUAUAAACAAGAUUGCUUAUCUUCACCUAUAUAUGGCGUUAAAGAUCCUGUACUUACACACAAAUACAUUGAGGUCUUUCAACUUAGCUUUAUUCCAAACUGCCUUUAUUUCCGCUUGUAUUUCCGCUUGUAUGAACACCUCCUAAUAAUCUGGUUUCAUAGAACUGGUGUCAAGAUGUCAGAUAUUAUACAAGUUUUUUUUGUUUGUGUGUUGGUUUCUUUUUGUGACUUUUAGAAAAUGAAACUCAUGUAUUUAACUUUAUUACAGAUAUGUAGAAUGAAAUAUCAAACUCUGUGCAAAUUAAUGCUUAUCACUGAAUUAUUUGAUUCAGGCUUGAUAAAUUAGAGACAACUACAAAAAUUCAGGACCUUGGUAUAAAAUACACUGAAAAGAAACUUACCUUUAUGAAAUGUUACUAUUACAGAGAAAAAUAACAGUCGUUCUGAUUGACUGAAUGCUCUUUUCCUCAACACAAUCACCAGAUCUUUCAAAAUUUGAUUUAGGUGCUAGGAAAUAUUUGGGAGUCUCCACAGGGAUACGGGGGUGAAUUUUUUAUUUGCGUUCCUUCGCAAAGGUCUUGCAUUCCCUCACAAUAAAUUUGCAAAUACAGCCUGGUCCAUUUUGUAUACUGUGACAUUGAUACAGUGUAACCAGGGGAAGCCCAUGUCUGACUUGUUUUGCUUCUGCUUUCUGAGCCUGAGUUAUGGAAUAUUUAGCCAAAAGAAAAAGAUGUACAACUUUAGAUUACUCACAAGUGAGAUAUUAACAUUUCUUGCACGAAAGAAUUCAAGACGCCACAUGAACUGACCACUAAAUACAUUAUUGCAUGGGAAUGCAAUAAAAAAGUAUUUGAAAUGCAAAAAAAAA